AUGGGAGGCGGUGGCGGCCCCCCGCGCCGUGGCGCGCCGCGGAGGCUGCUGGCGGUGCUGGCGGUGCUGGCGGCCGCGGCGGCGGAGGCGCGGGGCACCGCGGCGAGUCAAGCGCCCGGCGCGGCGGCGAUGGGCACCGGCACCCCGCCGAGCCCCAGCGGCACCGCCUUCGAGGAGACGCGACUGCACGUUUUCACCUUGGACUACCCCCACGUGCAGAUCCCCUUCGAGAUCACCCUCUGGAUCCUGCUCGCCUCUCUCGCCAAGAUCGGCUUCCAUCUCUAUCACAAGUUGCCCUCAAUAGUACCUGAAAGCUGUCUCCUUAUUCUGGUUGGAUUGCUUCUUGGAGGGAUUAUUUUUGGAGCAGAGGAGAAGUCCCCACCUGUAAUGAACAGUGAUGUGUUUUUCUUAUAUCUCCUACCACCAAUUGUACUCGACGCUGGAUAUUUUAUGCCAACUCGUCUUUUCUUUGAGAACUUUGGUACUAUAUUCUGGUAUGCCGUGGUGGGCACUCUCUGGAAUGCCAUUGGCAUUGGGAUUUCACUUUUUGGAAUUUGCCAAAUCAGUGCAUUUGGUUUGACUGAUAUCACCUUGCUGCAGAAUUUGCUCUUUGGCAGCCUCAUUUCAGCUGUGGAUCCUGUGGCAGUGCUGGCUGUGUUUGAAAAUAUCCAUGUCAAUGAGCAGCUCUACAUCCUGGUGUUUGGAGAAUCAUUGCUGAAUGAUGCUAUAACUGUGGUCCUGUACAAUUUGUUCAAGUCUUUCUGCCAGAUGCGCACAAUUCAGGUUAUUGACAUAUUCGCUGGGAUUGCUAACUUCUUUAUAGUGGGGAUCGGUGGAGUAUUGAUUGGAAUCCUUUUGGGAUUUGUAGCAGCCUUUACCACCCGUUUCACCCAUAAAAUCCGAGUGAUUGAGCCACUCUUUGUCUUCCUGUACAGUUACUUGUCAUACAUAACAGCUGAAAUGUUUCAUCUCUCGGGCAUCAUGGCGAUUACAGCUUGUGCCAUGACCAUGAAUAAAUAUGUGGAGGAAAAUGUUUCCCAAAAAUCCUAUACAACAAUAAAAUAUUUCAUGAAGAUGUUAAGCAGCGUCAGUGAGACCCUGAUCUUCAUUUUCAUGGGAGUGUCUACAGUUGGAAAGAACCAUGAGUGGAACUGGGCCUUCGUUAGCUUCACUCUCCUGUUCUGUCUAAUCUGGAGGGCACUGGGUGUUUUUGUUCUGACUCAGAUCAUUAACGUGUUCCGGACAAUACCUCUCACUUUUAAGGACCAAUUUAUUAUUGCCUAUGGAGGCCUUCGAGGAGCUAUUUGCUUUUCACUUGUAUUUCUGCUUCCUCCUUCUGUGUUCCCCAGGAAGAAAUUGUUCAUCACUGCUGUUAUUGUGGUGAUAUUUUUUACUGUUUUUAUUCAGGGAAUAACAAUUCGUCCGCUGGUCGAGUUUCUUGAUGUCAAAAGGUCAAAUAAAAAGCAGCCUGCUGUCAGUGAAGAAAUUUAUAACAGGUUCUUCGAUCACGUGAAGACAGGAAUUGAAGAUGUGUGUGGACACUGGGGUCACAACUUCUGGAGAGAUAAGUUUAAAAAGUUUGACAAUAAAUACCUGCGAAGACUUCUCAUCCGGGAGAACCAGCCCAAAUCCAGCAUUGUUUCUUUGUACAAGAAGCUGGAAAUAAAACAUGCCAUCGAGAUGGCAGAGAGUGGCAUGAUAAGCAAGGUGCCUUCGUCAGUGUCUCUCAGUGAAUAUCAUGAAGGGAAAAUAAAGCCACUCUCUCCCACUGAGAUGGAAAACAUGAGGGAAAUACUAACAAAGAAUCUCUACCAAAUACGUCAUCGAACCAUGUCAUAUAACCGACAUAGCCUGGCUGCAGAUGCAAAUGAGAAGCAGGCCAAAGAGAUUCUGAUCCGUCGCCGACACAGCUUUAGGGAGAGCCUACGGAAAACUAACAGCCUGUCAAGAGAAAGACCGGCUGCUGCAAAUACAAAAAGAUUUCUUUCACUUCCUAAAAACACUAAACUCCCAGAGAAACUACGUGUGAGAAACAAAACGUCUUCCAGAGUGGGUGACAGCAGUGACUCUGAAAUGGAUGCCACUACCACAGUGCUCAAUUUAAGACCCAGAGCAGGAAAAAUCUUGAGAGAGCAGAGACUGAGACAGCAGCGGCCACCCUCUGAGUUUAGCAUGGAGUGGAAGAACGAAGUUGAUGGGAGCCAGAAUGGACAAGGAGAGCAGCAGGAGCCAGGCAGCCUGCCUCAGCCAUCCAUUGGGUUCAGGCAGCCGCUGCUGACAAGACCAAGAUUUGGCACUUUGAGCAGGGAAGAUUUGACUGCAGACCAUGGGUUGGCAAGACCUGUGCCACCACCACGAUUAGUUAGGCAGGCAUCACAAGGGGAAAGGCAGAGAAGUAAGCCUGAGAACCAGCCGUACUGAACAUAGCAAAGAUUGAACUGUUGGUAUCAAACCGUGGAUGUACCAAAUUCAGAUUCUAAACUAUCUGAUCAGACAACGGGAUCCAUUAAAGAGAAGACAAACUUCAGUGUGGAUCUAAGCAUUUCCAUUUGGGUAAAGCCAAUGCCAUUAACUAAGUGCAAGGAAUACUGCAGCAAUUGCAAAACUGAAGACAUAAAAAAAAUCUAUUUUAUAGAUAACUUAUGGCAAUGCUUUGAUUACGUUAUUUCCACUAUUAAAUAGGAUGGAAAUGUGCCUUAUCACAUCAUCUCGUGGAACCAAAUCUUGCAGGCUCAAUACCCAGCUAUCCAGUGAAAAUCACUGUUGAAAGUCCAGUGAUGAAGGGAUUCUUUACAGAAAUCUGUAUCAUUUCAGAUUUUAUUUAUGAUCAAAUGAUACUUGUUUUGACCAGAGCAUUAGUAUGAGUAACACUGAAAAUUGCACAAUGCACCUAUCAUAUAGACUUUGUAAGAAGCAUAAACAUAUUCCUGAAGCCCAGUUUGUUUGAAGAGCCAUGAUGUGGAAAACAGGAAGAAGAGAAGGAACAAGCUGUAAGAGGAGAAUUGCAUGUGCAGUUCAUAGAAGUUGCAACAAAGACAAGACCUGAAUAGCUUGAAUUUUUAGUUUCUGAAUUUUUGCCAAUAUGUAGCUUUUAAAAUGGUACUGAAAAUCACCAAGGGAAAUCUAAAUGACCUUGAUUGUCACUAAUGUCAGAAGAGCUGAGGGUACCUAAAGGAAUAGCAGAAGCCCUAAAAAUAGAAAACUUCAAGUAGAUAACUAGUGCUCCUGUACAAGAUUGCUUUUUGCACCUUAGCAUCUUUGCAGUGCAAACAUGGCAGUAGAAUAGUUGUGAAGCACUGCACAUAGAAAAGUGAGCAGUGUCCUGUUUGAGUCAGGGACCACUGAGACCCAAGAAAGCUCCUUCCCUCAUGCUUGUGAUCCUAGUGAAACUAUUUUCUUUUUAUUUCUUCAUCUAUAAAAGGGGAAGGAUAUCUUUUCUUUCUCUCCCACUGAUUUGUACAGAAAAGUAGCACUCCAGGUGCUCUGGAAUCAGUUGCAGUCACUGUGCACCUUAAUAACACUCAUAAGAAACGCAGACUUUCUUCAUCCCAGCGUAAAUGGCAGUCACUUAAGAACACAUGGGUAGGAAGGAUGCAUUAAAAUAAACUUAAUAGGUCUCAGGAAUUUGCACUUUCUGUCCCACUUUAUCCUAAGUUUUGAGCUUGCUUCAGCACAGAUACACAUUUCAGCACAAUGCAAAAAUCAUUUUAAUUCUUGUUACAAGAUUCAUAACUUUCAUUUAAGAAUGUACACUGUGAAAUCAUAAACUCUUCUUUUUCGUUAGCACAUUUCUA